CAAAGAAGAAGGAGAGAAAGAAGGAGAGAAAGAAGGAGCGAGGGAGACAUCCGAAGACGCAUUUUCUUGUCUUGUUCCAGAAAAUUCCUCUGGAUUUCUCCAAUAUUUUACCUUACAAGAACAAUAAAGCAUUUUGGAUUGAUUAACCUGAAAAACGGACCAAGUCUCACCUUCAAAUCUGGGUCAGCAAGAAUCAAGUUUGUUUUUUCAAGAAAUUCUGGAAAAUUCAUUCAUAUUUUUGACUGCUGCAAACUACAUUUUGUACAAGAUUUGAAGAAGCUACUGCAAAAAACUUGGACUACAUUGCCAUAGUUGAAAUUCAUUUUAACCUUGGAUUUUAGGUUGGUAAUAUUACUGAUUGUGGCUUUAUUUCUUCACAAUAUCAUUUUGCAAACACUGUAUGCUGUUUGUCCUUUGAUUAACGUUCUCUAUGCAAAUCAGGUAUCUACGCUAAUUAGCCAAAAUUUUUUUAUCGCAGUUUAGAGUUUUUGUGCAAUAAUUUUGACAAACUACCUUUUGUUAACUUCAUUAUCGUCCUGGAAACCUUGAAAUCUGCUGAGAAAUUGCAUGUUUUUGAAUUGCUAUAGAAACUGCAUUUAUUUUUGAAUCACUUAAGGCAAAAAAAAUUCUGGAAAAUCUUGAAGAAAACUACUUGAAUCUUAAAAAGGACUAAAUACUUCAAGAAAUGCACAAUUUAUGAACCAGUAUUUUGAAUUUUGAAUAGCGUUUUUUUUGACCCACUUUCUAUUCAUCCUGGGGAAGACUACGCUGUUCCACUCUCCCCGCCUCCCCCCUUCCUCAAAUCCACCAUCGUCUUCAUCGCUUUCUUCCUCAUUGAAACCCAAUUCUUCAUCCCUCUCUCUGAAGUGGAGGAGGUUUAGGCUGCCCGCACCGCUAGCCAUGCACAUCAAGAGCUCCAAGUGUAACCGGUUCUGCCUGGUCGCCUCGGUAACCAACCAGGAAGUGUUCAACCACCCGGACUCACAGGCCAGUUUCGAGUCGUUGUUCCGAUCGUUCGACCCGGAGGUGCAGUUCCAGUAUUUCAAAUCCUUUCGCAGAGUUCGGAUCAGUUUCAGCGACGCCCUGGCUGCAGCAGAGGCUCGGCUCAGGCUUCACAAGAGCGACUUCAACGGCAAAGAGAUGAGGCUCUACUUCGCACAGUCGGUCCACAUUGGGAGUCCGCGCCUGGAGCCUCCUAAACCAGACAAGCAGUUCCUGAUCUCUCCCCCGGCCUCUCCUCCUGUCGGCUGGGAACAGUCUCACGACGCUACACCUGUCAUCAACUACGACCUGCUUUGUGCCAUCUCCAAACUAGGACCAGGUGAGAAAUACGAGCUGCACACGGCCACGCCCACCACCCCGAGCGUCGUCGUGCACGUGUGUGACGACGGCCAUGACGACAGCUCCGCCCCCGAUGACUCUGACCAUGACGACAGGCCACACCCACCUCCACGCCCCAAAAUCGUCCAAACGCGACGCCCCGAUUUCACCAACCAGUGACCGAAAAGUCUGUUCUCAUCAAAAUUCAAAAUGAUGAGAUUUAGUCAGCUUCAUCCUGAUUGUUGGAGAAUUGUAAAGCUUGGAUUUGAUUGGUCGAGAGCGGCACAUGCUCCGAAAGAAUACAGGAAGUGGUGAAGGGGGGACUUUAAAAUGGCCGCUCAAAAAACAGGUGAAGCUUAAGUGCAUCCCGAAAGUUUGUUAGUUUGAUGAAAGAAAAAUACGUAGUGUCCAAUUCUGCUUUUUAUGGACAUUUCAAAAACAUGAUUUGUCAUAAAAUGUUAAUUUGCAGUUUUGGAAAAAGAGAGAUUUGCAUUUCUUCUGUGUAAAAGUUGGGAUAUUUAAAGUUAUUGAGAGGUAUAGGUAAAAACAAUAGUGGAGUAUCAGGAAAUAGGUCACGCUUUUCCAAAUAUUGCUCCUCUUUUGUUAAAAAUACUUUGAUUAUAGCUUGAUUUUUGCGUUUAUUUAUGAUUUUCUUUAUAAUAAUACUUAAUGUACAUUGCCAUUGCAUUGUCAAUUUACAAUGUAUUUCUUUGAGUGCUGUUUCUUGUACUGUUUUAACAUAUUAAUUUAAUGCAUAACUCACUCCUUUUUACUUAUAAAUCUGAGUUUUGUAACUUGUAUUUUUUAUUUCAGUAAACUUGGUAUUCAACUUUGGAAAAAUAAAAAAAUAUAUAUGAUUAAAUAAUUACAAGUAACAUUACUUUUUCUUUAUUUAAAAAAAACUAAUUUCUGUGAUAAUUGUGGCUGAAAUUUAAUCUAAAAAAGUUAAUUACCUAAUACAGUGCAAAUAUAUGAUACAGUUCAUCAGAUUUUAAUUUCAUAAUUUUGAUUUUUGGUAUUUAACAGUUUCUAUAUUUUUGUUCACAAUUAUAACUGUGUAUUUAGGGCAAUCAGCUGUUUUAUUUUCAAACUAGAAAAUUGCACAAAUAUUGCACAUUACAUUGUUAUAACCAUCUUGUCCAGGUCUAACUGUAAUUCAUAACUUUUAAAAUCACAAAAAUGAAAAAGUUGUGGUAAAAAAAAAAAUAUUGUACAGAAAAAAUGCCAUUUAGGAAUUUCAAUUUUGUUUGUACUGGACAAAAACUGUUAUCCCAUGUGUUUAGAGUGCAAUGGAACGUUACGGUAUGUUUUAGAGAGAUUUUAAGAUGGCAGAUUUGUCAAUAAUUGUCCUUUUUUUUCAUACAAUCACAUGUAAAAUUGUGAAUUAUCUUGUUGUGACCGCCAAUGCUGUAUUUCCAAGGACUGUUUGAUAUCUGGUUACAUUAAAAUGCAUUUAAUAGGUUUAUUUCAUGCUUUUUAUAAUGGCAGUAGUUGUUUUUGAAUGUAGACAAAUGAUACUGUGGAUUAUGCUAAAAAUAAUACAAACGUUGGUUGUUUGGUUGAACUAAAAUACUUGAAGUGUUGUUUCACAAAAUGGCUGUUACAAAAUGUACUGGGAAUGGUUUAACAUGCUCACACAAAUAUUAAAAUGUAUUCAUAGA